AAUAGUUUUCACUUUCUAACGCCAUCUUAUGUAUUAUAUUCGAAUUAAUUUACUUAAAGCCUAAAGGGUUUCAAUUGUCACUUUUAAAGUCUUAUAAUUUUAUUCAUAAAUAUAAUAUAACGUAAAUCACUUUUAAGUUUAAAUAAUCACACAUACGAUUGGCAAAAAUCCUGAUGUGGCCCAAUCGUGUUAAGUUUACCGGUGUAUAAAUCGUCAAUCAUAAUCAUUAUAUUAAUAUGAGGCUAUUGUGAACUUUUGAAUCUUUGUUACAAACAUGGCUUACCAGACUCUAUUGCAAGAAUAUAUGCUUGUACCUCCAGUUACCAGAGCAUAUACAACAGCGUGUGUAAUAACAACACUGGCAGUGCAAUUAGAUCUGGUUUCUCCAUUCCAGCUUUAUUUUAAUCCAAUAGUUAUUUUGAGAAAGUAUCAAUUAUGGAGAUUGAUAACAACUUUCCUUUUCUUUGGGAAUUUAGGUUUCAAUUUCUUCUUCAAUAUGAUAUUUACAUAUAGAUAUUGUAGGAUGCUGGAGGAGGGAUCCUUUCGUGGUAGAACAGCAGAUUUUGUUGUUAUGUUUAUGUUUGGAGGAGUUUUGAUGAUAAUUUGUGCUUUCUUUGUUAAUUUACUAUUUCUAGGACAAGCUUUUACUAUCAUGAUUGUAUAUGUUUGGUCACGACGGAAUAAACAUGUACGGAUGAACUUUUUUGGACUAAUGAACUUUCAGGCGCCAUACUUGCCAUGGGUACUUCUUGGAUUCUCCGUUUUACUAGGAAAUUCAAUAUCUGUGGAUCUAGUCGGUAUGGCUAUUGGUCACAUUUAUUUCUUCCUAGAGGAUGUUCUGCCACGUCAAAGGGGAGGGCAGAAAAUUCUAAAAACACCUAAAAUAUUGAAGAGGUUACUUGAUCCACUACCAGAAGAGCCAGAAUAUGUACCGCUGCCAGAAGUUGAAAAUGAGUUAGCCAAUGUGCGGCCCGGGGGAUUCGACUGGCGACAACCACAUCCAAAUAAUAACGAAAAUAGAUAAACAUCAAAUCUCCAUAACAUAUUAAGAAUCAAGCCAAAAUAUUUAAUUUAUAAACUAUUGUUGUCAGAAUACAUAUAUGUGACUAGUUUAGCUGUAAGUUACAUAAGUACAUCCAAUAAAAUAAUUCAUUCAGCACAAAACAAUAUAUAAAACCUCUUUUACUUACCCUGAUAUAAAAUAUAUUAAACAAUUGACUUCUUUGAUCAAUAUGUGUAUGUGUGUAUCUUCUAAAAUCAAUUGUAAUUUUCUUUAUAUAUCAUACCUUAUAAUAUUUUAGGGCAUAUGUGGAUAUGUAUUAUUAAUAAGAUUAUAAUAAUUGGAUCCAAUCAAUAUUCUAUUCAGUUCAAUAAGGAAUACUUGAUUUUAACAUUGACAUUUGUGAUUUAAUAUGUACUGCAAUGAUAUCUAUAUAUUAAUGUAUUAAACCUUAUUUCGUUAUUGUAUAACAAACAAUGCAUGGAAUAUAUCAUUAAUUGAUGCUUUUUUUUUAUUAGCUCUCCUUUGGUACUGAACGAUUUAUGACCGUAUGUCAUAGGUAUUUAAGUUCAUGUUUAAAUUUUAGUUAUUUCAUAUAAUAAUUGAUAUUAAUGUAAAAAUAUAUAAAAUCUCAGGGUAAAAUUGAAAAUACAUACAUGGUUUAAUAAUCAUUGUCACGUCUAGUACAGAGGUUUUAAUGAAACAAGAUAUUUCGAAAUCAAAUUUAUUAAUUUUGCAUUUUUUCUACAUACAUAAUUAAAUUCGUUAUUAUGAAUUUAAGUGAAACGUCGCCGUUCAACGUAAAUUCAUAAAUUUAUUCACAGACUUAAUAGGUUGUGGUGGCUUACUAGGCACUAAGUAGUUUCUCUUCGAUUCAAGUUUAUAUCAAUAACUUUUACAGUGUCGGUAUAGCCGGGAAGGGAAAUUGUUAAAAUGAAAUUAAAAUAUACAAUUUAAAUGAUAUCAAAUUACAAUGUUGAAUAAAUUAAAUACCUGAUGAGAUAGAACUCAACUGAACACAAUGUUAUACAAGAUGAAAUGCGAUGAGAAAAUAUAAUUAUGGUGUAUUUACUAAUCGGUUGAUAUAAGUAAAUAUAUUAACAAGUGUUUGAAAAUAUUUGUCUUCUAUGUUUAUUGUACAAUACAGCCUACAAUGGCAGUAUAAAUGCCUUCGGACUAAUCUUGGUAUGAAUGUUUAGCAAAUUAUUUAAAUAAUCCUCUAUCCCCAUAGCGGAUGUAUCUGUCGGUAGUCAUUGAAAAGAAGGCUCCAUUUAUA